AUGGACCCCACUACUAAGGUCUCCCCGGCCGAGAUGGACUCGACGACUCACACAGGAGAAGACGGAACGAAGGCCGAUGCCAACCGGCCGUUGGCCGGCGGUGCUAGCGAUACCCUGACGGAACUGGCGAAGCAGAACGUGGCUCCAUUUCUCGCAAAAUAUCAUCCACGGCAAUAUGCGCCCAGGCGAGCGGAAGAUGGUACAACCUCGGUGCCGCGUACGGUUAACGCAGGUUACUGCUAUCGCCACCAGCCAGAUUCCAAGUGCUCACGCCAGGCGGAUGAGCAGUCCAUGCACCAGCUACAACGAGAACUGGAAACCCUCCCCCAAGAUGACCAGCAGGGCAUUGCUCAUGUCUGGUCUCUCUUCUCCGCCGCCCCUGCUAAGCAGCGCAAGCUGAUGCUGCAAGGCAUCCUGUCUCAGUGCUGCUUCCCCCAGCUGUCCUUCAUCUCGGCUAGUGUCCGCGAACUCAUCCGUAUCGACUUCCUCACCGCUCUCCCCCCGAGCUCUCUUUCAAAAUCCUUCGCUACCUCGACACUGCCUCCCUCUGCCGUGCUGCGCAAGUCUCCCAUCGAUGGAGGGCCCUUGCCGAUGACGACGUGGUGUGGCAUCGGAUGUGCGAACAACAUAUUCUGUGGUUGGGGAUUGCCGUUGCUGGAUAGAAAACGGCUGCGGGAAUCUAAGCGCGAAAUCGAGCUGCGCGCGACCAACUGGGGCAAUCAGCCCUCGAACAAUAUUGCGGACGGUGCGCCUAAUGGCACCUGCUCUGUCGUGGAACUUCCCACUAGUGGGAAGCGCAAGAUUGACGUGGACGAGCAAAGUUGUGCUAUGAUCAAACGUCACUGUAUGUCGCCAGCGUACAAGCCCGAGCCGGAUGACGAUUACUUCAAGACACGGUAUCGCCCAUGGAAGGACGUCUACCGGGAUCGCUUUGUGGUUGGCAUGAACUGGAAGCACCGACGUUGCUCCGUCAAGGUCUUCCGAGGACACACCGACAGUGUGAUGUGCCUGCAGUUUGAGGAUAAUAUCCUCAUGACUGGCUCUUACGACGCGACUGUCAAGAUCUGGGAUAUGGAAACUGGAGAGGAGUUGCGCGAGCUCCGCGGACACACUGCUGGUGUGCGCUGCCUACAGUUUGACGACACGAAACUGAUCACGGGAAGUCUGGAUCGCACCAUCCGAGUGUGGAAUUGGCGGACUGGUGAAUGCCUCUCCACAUACAAUGGACACUCCGAGGCGGUCAUCGCCCUCCACUUUGAUGCGACCCUCCUCGCGUCUGCUUCGGUCGAUCGAACGGUCAAGAUCUGGAACUUCAAGGACAAGUCGACUUUCGUCCUGCCUCAUCCCGAGGGUGUCAAUGCCGUCAAGAUCGACACUCCCUCCCGUACCGUUCUCACUGCGUGCGACGACGGGGCGGCACGACUGUGGGAUCUCGACACCAAGACUUGCAUUCGCGUCUUCCACAAUCACAUCGGUGCAGUCCAACAGGUUAUUCCCCUGCCGCGUGAGAUUGAACUGGAGAGCCAUCUCGCCGAAUGCGAAAACGACCACGUCAGCACGUCCUCCCAGAACGGUGAUGCCGUCAAUAUUCUCUCCCCACUUCUCGAACACAAGUCCCUCUCCGCGCCUCCUUCUUCAUUCGGUGCUUCCUUCGAUCAAGACCAGGACCGCCUGGAGCCUCCGCGAUACAUCAUGACCAGUGGCGUCGACGCGACCAUCCGUCUCUGGGAAACCAACACCGGCCGAUGCCUGCGCACCUUCUUCGGGCAUCUGGAAGGUAUUUGGGCAUUGUCAGCCGAUACCCUGCGCAUUGCCUCGGGCGGUAUGGACCGCAUGGUCAAGAUCUGGGAUCCUCGCAUCCCAACAUGCCAAGAUACCUACGAAGGCCAUUCCGCCGCCGUCAACUGCAUCGGGCUCAGUGACAGUCGAUUCAUCACUGGCGGUGACGACUAUCAUGUCCGCAUGUACGAUUUCCGGGCCUAA